CCCAUGUGUUCAUUGGAAAAUGGUCGAACAACAGGUCGAUGUAUUCGCAAGUCUGUUCUGCGAAACACAGAGAACGAACUUGUGCCGUUCACGGAAACUAUUCGUAUAUAAAGUUACACCUGGAUUGUCUGAUGUCAUGAAACUUCAAGUCAAAACGAAGACUGCCCAAUAGCCUGUCGAAACGGCCGUAAAAAUGUAAAAAAACGGUAUGAGAUCAGAUAUUGUGUGAGUGUUUAUUUGCCAAAUUUAAACAUAUAGCCAGUGUGAAAGCUGAAUGGACAAGGACUUUUUAGAGAACGAAAUUAGGGGUAAAAAGAGAACGGUUGCCUAUUUAGGUAAAGUCGCGUUUCGCCAAUUCAACUUUCGCCAAUAGACAUUCGCCAUACUGGCGACUCGCCAGAUUGACAUUCGCCAGUACCCCUACGACAUUCGCCAUUGUUCUGACAUUCGCCAAUUGGUCGAUUGGCGAAUGUCUCAUUGACAUUCGCGAACUUUUUUGGACAUUCGCCUAUUGGCGAAUGUCUACUGGCGAACAUUGGCGAAAGUUGAAUUGGCGAACUGCGACACAUCCCCUAUUUAUGGUCAAAUUUGGAGUGAUUAGAGAACGGACAUAAUUAUAAAACGAAAAAACCGAAAAGAGAACGGAGUUAGUACUGCAAAGAGAACGGUGAUGUGUUCGAAUGGUGAAUUAAGGCCUAUAUAUAUCUUGCAUUACAUACAAAAAAAUGCAAAUAUGUAUGAUAUUUCAAAAAAGUAGAACAGGACUGGAUUUUUUUGGUGCUAAACGAAUACGAUCUUUUGAAAUUACAUGAUAGCUAAAAGCAAUUGCAAGUCCAACUGUAUGUUUACAAACGUAUUCUUUACAAAAGAAUCUGCACGAACAAAAGUGUCGUUGAACCGAAACUACGUGAGUAGAUUCAUACCACAUCUUAAAAUGAUUGAAUGAGGAAAAUGUCUUUCAAAACCGUUUGCUUUUCGCCCCAUUUUCUGAACAGCGUAAAAAUUUAAUAAUUCGCACUCCGUUCUCCAUUCAGUUCAAACUCCGUUCUCUUUUCAUACUUUUUCCAUGCUAAAUGAGAAUACAUAUUGUUGAUUGUCAUACAAAACUUGAAUAGUGAUUUUAUUUUCAGUAUAUUAGCAAUAUUGUCUUUGGGAAAGGACACAUGGCCAGAAUUUAUUGGUCAGGAUGGAACUGUAGUUGCUGAUCAAAUUAGAAACAAUGGUAGGUAAUUGUUAAGCUUGAGUUUUAACAUUAUGUGAAACAUAUUUACAUAGGUAAACCUAAACUGCCCUUCUGACACUUCUAAACGACGCCAUCUGAACCUAUGAGCCUUUCGUCCUAGAUAUCAUAAAAGAGCAGGGCAAAUAAGGUAUGUUUUCGGCCUAAAAUAUUUUGAAGAAAAAAUAUUAUGGUUAGAAGCGGCAUCAAAUUCUGAACAAAAUGGCAUAUUUUUUUAUUCGAAAAAACGACUUUCAUCAUUUUCGAAAGUCACCGCCCAGGACCAUCGGACAUUCUUUUCUGAGAUUCUUUGCAGUUGAUAUAGAAUUGUCAUGGCCUUAUUGAGGUGUUAAUCUAAAGCAAGAAGUAUUUGGAAUGUUAAAAGCCUACAAUUAGCCAUCCCAAAAUACAGGUGGGCAUUUUUGAAUAACUUUUGACGGAAAUCAACAUUGUUUUUGUGUAGAAAUGAACUUAACUUCGUCAGAGGCAUUUUUGUGAAAAACCGGUUUUCGUCUGUUACUAACAAAAAUUAAAAUCCUUAUAUCUCGAUCAAAUCUCAUGCUGACUCAAGGAGCCUUUCAGGAAAGACUUAAAAGGUGCCAUAUAUUGUUGAUCAUGCCGAAAAGUGGUUCAGCAGAACACUCAUGCUUUCAGGUUUUUCAGAAGGUUUCUGGAAAUCAUUAACCCAAUGUCCGGCUGAAAUUCACCUUUUUCGUCUUCUAUUGUGCUUUACGGGCUGUCCUGAGCGUUUCCUGAAAAUUUCCUUGAGUCAGAAUGAGAUUUGAUCGAGAUAUAAGGAUUUUAAUUUUUGUUAGUAACAGACGGAAAACCGGUUUUUCACAAAAAUGCCUCUGGCGAAGUUAUAUUCAUUUCUACACAAAAACAAAUGUUGCCAAUAUGCUCAGCGUAGUCGAGUAGGGAUAGUCCAUGGCAUUUCGAGAUUCUGAGAGAUGUCUACUCGAAGACAGACACGUGCUCGACGAAAGCGAGCGCUAUCCGAACAACGAUAGCUGGAGAGCCCGGACGUGCAGAAUUUUGUAGAGUAACGUCCGGACUAUCUACGCAUGCAAAAAAGUUAUUAACAUUCUAUGUUAGUUUUCUGAGAACGGAGCUGGUUUUCUAAAGAUCCUCUGGAAACCCGAUCUUUGAAAUUUUUUCAAAAGUUAUUUCCGCUUAUGAAAAGUUCCGCUCAAGUCCUGGCUAUCGAACAGCGAAAAUUGCAGGUCUCUAUCUCAAAUAAUGCUCACCGGCACUGUAUUUUGGGACGGAUAGUAGAUUAGUGUAGAAACAGUCGCUCUUUUUGAAUUUAUUGCCAGGAAUUCUAUUAGAAUUCAUUAAAGUACCAAAAACUGAAAAGGACUUGUAAGAUUAUAGAAAAUUGCAUAUUAUAUUCAACUGUUGUGACUGUUGGUCCAAACGAGAUCUAUAAAGAAGUAGAAAUUUUAACAGUAUAUCCAGUUUUCAAUGCUCUAUCGAAUGAUAUUAAAAAAGUAUCAUAAAAAUUUUGUAUCAGAUCGAGAACAUGCCUUAUCUGACAGCCUCCUUUUUUUAAGGAGCAGGAUGGCACGGGAUCACAUUUCUUCUUUUUCUCAUGUUCGUAAAGGACUAAUAAAUGAUGAUAAUAUGUCACAGUUGUCUUCUUGUUUUUUGCUUAAAUAGAACGAAUCGAGUCUCUUAUUCUUCUAGGCCUUACACCUCAUAUUAUAUCGUUUGAUAUGGGUAAUGACGCUAAUGACGAAGCAGUAGCUGAUUUAUUGCAUAAUAAAGAUCCAAAAAUUGUUUGGAUUCAAGUUAAUUCUAAUAACAAAGCUGAAAGUAUUUUAUUAAAUAAACCAGAAACAGAAGAUCCAAACAAUUAUCAUCGCUUUUCCUAUUUAAAUAGAUUAGCUAAUACAGCUGUAUUCCAUAAACAAUAUGAUCAACUGAAGGCUAUUGCUGAUGAAAUGCUUCAAAGUAAACCUGGAGAACUUGAUUAUGGUGAUAUGAUGUUUAAAGGAAAUGUGUUCAAUGGAAUUGUUGCAUUGAAACGAGAUAAUAACUUAGAAAAUGCAAAACAAUUUUUAUUAGCUGCUGGUCAAACGCCUGGAUCGGCUGUACUUAGCAGUUUUGGUCCAAAUAUGAGUCUUGCCAAAGACUUACUCGAAUUAGGUGAACAACAAGUUGUUUUAAAAUAUUUUGAAUUAUGUAGAAAAUUUUGGACACAUCAUCCAGAAACGUUGGAUGAAUGGGAAACGAUAGUAAAGCAAGGACAAAUACCAGACUUUAUGGCUAAUCUGAGCUAUUAA